AUGGCAUCAUCAUCACAAAUGUGUUCGAUCGAAACAUGUAAACGAUCUGCUCAUGCUCUUUGUUACUGUUGUCAAAAAUCUGUCUGUAUCGAACAUCUCAAUGAACAUUCGCAUCGUCUCAAUGAUCAACUUCUUCCAUUGGCCGACGAUAUCAACGACCUAUUCUAUCGAUUCAACAAUGUUUUAUUACCUCAAUCCGCCUUCUGCAUCGAACUCGAUAAUUGGCGGGAAGAAGCACAUCAAACAAUCGAUCAUUAUUGUGAACGAAAGAAACAAGAAUUCGAUAAAUUGAUCAUGAACGAAAGACAAAAACAAAAGAUUGAUCUCGAUCAUCUUCGUUAUCAAAUCGAUGAAUCCAUUAAAAAACAAGAAACAACCACGGAAUACGUCGAUUCAAUGAACAAUUCUCUACAUUGUCUUCAACGACAGAUCAAUGAAUUGGAAAUUCCUCCUGUUCUUUCACCAUUAGAUAUCGACGAACAUAUCGUUGACAUUUAUCAAAAUAUAUUGAAACCAAAAAAUAUCUUACCCCUUCCACCACUAUAUCGAUCAAUCAAAAUACAAUACAGUUCAUUUAUUGCAGCUAGUGAAAAUCAUAUCCUGUUGGAAAAUAUCCACAAAUUCUAUCUAUUGGAUCAACAAUUGGGUAUUCAGAAUGAAUUUCCAUGGAAUCAUGAUAUUCCAUGGCACAUGGUUUGGUCGAAAACACUUGAUCUUUUUUUUAUUAUUACUUCAAAGGAAAUCUUUACACUCGACGAAAAAAAAAUGAUGAUCGAACCAUGUUCAAUUCUUCACAAUAGUUCGAUGGCUGAUUGGAGUAGUGGAACAUGUUCAAAUGAUAGUCUUUAUUUAAUUGUAGAUGCAAUGGGUACAUCGAUUUAUGAAUACAAUCUUCGAAGAUCGAUAGAAUUCGUUAAAGAAUAUCGAACACCAUUUACUUGUUCUUACGAUGAACUUAUAUCUGACAUAGCAUGGAAUAAUCAAACAUUGGCUCUUGUUAUUGCUAAUCGGUCAAAUCAAUGGCGUGUCGAUUUGUGUUCAUCAACAACACUCGGACGAUAUUGGUCGAUUCAACUCGGUGUUUUAAUUAAUGAAAAAGUUUUUCGAUGUUGUUUAUUGAACAAUGGUCAAUUACUUAUGCUCAAUGGAGAUACUUCGGAGUUGAUCCAUAUUUCUGCAGAUGGGAAAAUCAUCAAAAAAGACAAUUAUCAUGUACCACCUCUUCAUGCCGUUCAAUUGACUGACGAACUCAUCGUUAUUGUAAACGAAACAAGUGUCGAUUUAUAUCGAUUAUCUUAA